AGGAAAAUCAACCCAACCUGCCCAAAAAACGGGUGAUAUUCCUGACCAGGAAAGUUUUUGCCAUUUCUCUGUUCCUGGUUUUUGUCAGAUUGUGAUGGGAGAGUCUAACCCUUGAGUGACCUGCUUUUAAUGAACUUCUCAAUCAGUACCCGUGAGUGAAUUGUGCUUUCCCCUCCCUUUCUUUCCUCCUUCCCUCCCUUCCUCUCUCUCUCCCUCCCUCUCACACACACUACACUUGCUCAUUCACAGCCUGCUUUAUCCAUAGUCAAAGGAAAGAUCAGCUUCUCUGCCUUGAGUAGCACAGACGUGGUGAGAACAUUCAAAGAGAAGAAAGUGAACUGCGAGGAAGUGGGGCAGGGGAACGGUUGGAAACACAGGGAGUGCAGAGGAGACUAUAGUUUCUAGAGAGGGGGAAGGAAAAUCAGAAGACCCCUUGCUUUUUCCUGAGCAAAGGUGAAGCCAGCUCUGACAACUCAUCACUGAAUCUGAAGACCGUUUAACAGAGACAGGAGAUUUUGCAACUCAAAGUUGGCUGGGUGCAUCUGAGUCUGCAAUGGGAAUUACAUCAAGAAUGCAGAAACAGCAAGAACAGUGUCAGAUAUUUGCAGUUCUCAUCUUCACAUUUAUUUUCCUGCUGGCAGCUGUGAGUACUACUGAGGCUGGCAAAAAAGAAAAAAUAGAGAAGAAGGUGAAGAAAUCUGAUUGUGGAGAAUGGCAAUGGAGUGUCUGUGUUCCGACAAGUGGAGAUUGUGGCCUUGGGACCCGUGAGGGCACCCGGAGUGGAAUUGAUUGUAAGCAGACAAUGAAGACCCAAAGAUGUAAGAUUCCCUGCAACUGGAAGAAGCAAUUUGGAGGUAAUAUCCAUGGGAUUUUGAUUAAUCAUUAUUAAAGACUAAUCUAUUAU